CGUGUGAUGGUAACAACGUCGCGCCUAGUAGCAGCGAUUUCUCAUUGUCUGCCGGCCCUUCCCGUCUGCCGGUCACGAAGAAAUUGUGCUCGAAAGUCACGUAAAACAAGUUCGCAGAAAAUGGACGGCAACACUUUUCUAACCGAAGAUGCAGCUUUUCAAAAUUUGAAAAAGUAUUUCGAAGAGAAAGGCAAAGAUUUGAACAUUCACCAGCUUUUCGUGCAAGAUCCAGAGAGAUUCAACAAAUACAGCAUCAAGCUUUCAACCCCAGCUGAUGGCGACAUUCUUAUUGAUUAUUCGAAGAAUCGUGUGGACGAAGAGACUUUGAAACUUCUCGUUGAAUUGGCUAAAUCUCGCAAGGUGCAAGAAUCUCGCGAUGCCAUGUUCAGUGGCCAGAAGAUCAACUUCACCGAAAACCGAGCUGUUUUGCAUACUGCUCUGAGAAACCGAAGCAAUCGACCGGUUCUCGUAGAUGGCGUUGACGUAAUGCCAGACGUCAAUGCAGUCCUUGCUCACAUGAAAGAAUUCUGUGCCGAGGUCAUUUCCGGCCAAUGGAAAGGCUACACUGGCAAAGCUAUCACCGAUGUCGUGAAUAUCGGAAUCGGUGGCUCCGAUCUUGGCCCUUUGAUGGUGACGGAAGCUUUGAAGGCUUAUUCCAUCGGACCCAACGUCCAUUUCGUAUCGAACGUCGAUGGGACUCACAUUGCAGUCACGCUACAAAAACUGAAUCCCGAGACUACCCUAUUUAUUAUCGCUUCCAAAACAUUUACAACUCAAGAAACUAUCACUAAUGCCGAGUCAGCAAAGUCCUGGUUCCUAGAAAAAGCCAAAGACGAAUCGGCUGUUGCAAAACAUUUUGUCGCCCUGUCAACCAACGCAACCAAAGUUCGUGAAUUUGGGAUUCUCGAGAAGAACAUGUUUGGAUUUUGGGAUUGGGUCGGUGGACGAUAUUCCCUCUGGUCCGCAAUUGGUUUGUCGAUCGCUCUCAGUAUUGGCUUCCAGAAUUUUGAGAAGCUCUUAGAUGGUGCAUACUUUAUGGACCAACAUUUCUGCGAAUCUCCGUUAGAACAAAACGUUCCUGUUAUUUUAGCUAUGCUUGGAGUUCUUUAUGGCGAUUUCUUUGGUGCUGAAACACACGCUUUACUGCCCUACGAUCAAUACCUCCAUCGAUUCGCUGCCUAUUUCCAACAGGGUGACAUGGAAUCAAACGGAAAAUACGUCACCCGCAGUGGACGACGAGUUGAAUAUGCUACUGGCCCAGUUGUCUGGGGAGAACCUGGAACUAACGGACAGCAUGCAUUUUACCAGCUCAUUCACCAGGGAACUCGAUUGAUUCCUGCGGAUUUUAUCGCGCCUGCCCAGUCUCUACAUCCAAUUCGAGACAAGAUCCACCAUAAACUAUUGAUGGCCAAUUUCUUGGCCCAGACGGAGGCUCUAAUGAAAGGAAAAUCAGCCGACGUUGCGAAAGCGGAACUUCAAAAAUCCGGAAUGGGCGAAGAUGAGUUGAACAAGAUCCUCCCGCACAAAGUGUUCGAAGGCAACCGGCCAACAAACUCGAUCGUGGUGCAUAAAGUUACACCUUUCAUCCUUGGUGCUCUCAUUGCCAUGUACGAAAUGAAGAUCUUCGUUCAAGGAAUCAUUUGGGAUAUCAACUCUUUCGAUCAAUGGGGUGUCGAGCUUGGCAAGCAACUAGCCAAAGCGAUUGAGCCAGAGCUUGAAGGACCAGGCGAAGUAUCUUCACACGAUUCGUCAACUAAUGGUCUAAUCAAUUUUAUCAAGAGCAAUUCAUAAACGUUUGUUCCACUCACCGCUGGAACCGAGUAGAACCAGCGAAUGUUCACACGUAGACGUCGUUCGACUUCAUUGUUUUUCCGUGAAAUUCUAUUCAAUAAUUCUAUGAUUGUUUUGAUUUUUGAAAACCAUAAUAAAAUUUGGUUUGGUAUGAGGUAA